AUGCAAUUGAAGGACUUGGCUUCGCUUGAGCUGCCUCCGACGGCGGAUAUGCAUGUCCAUCUUCGGCAGGAUGCUAUGAUGGAGCUGUGCACUCCCCUCGUGGAGAAAGGAGGCUGUGAUACAGUAUUUGUAAUGCCUAACCUGACACCAAAAGUGGGCAGUGUCUCCGAUGCAUUGAAGUAUUACGAAAAGUUGCAGAAAAUUGCACCCAAUGUCAAGUUCCUGAUGUCGCUCUAUUUGCACACUGGAUUAACGGAAGAGGAAAUCGAGAAGGCUGCCAAGUCAGGGAUUAUUUACGGGGUCAAAUUCUACCCUGCCGGUGUGACUACAAAUUCCCAAGAAGGAGUCUUCGACAUAGAGCAGCUAUAUCCCGUCUUUGCUGCUAUGGAGAAGCAUGACUUGGUCUUGAACCUACACGGCGAGAUGAUCAGCACGCCGCCUAGCGCCGUAGGAAAGCAGAAAGAGCCUGUUGUCACUGUGCUCAAUGCUGAACCUCUCUUCAUUCCUCAGCUUGCCAAGCUGCAUGCGGCAUUCCCAAAGCUGAGGAUCAUUUUGGAACAUGUCAGCACUAAGCAAGGCCUGGAUGCUGUCCGAGCCUGCGGACCAAAUGUUGCAGGAACAAUCACAGCGCAUCAUCUACAUAUCACAAUCGACGACGCUGUAGGAGACGUCUUCAACUUCUGCAAGCCAGUUGCAAAGACACCUGAGGAUCGCUUAGCUUUGCUCAAGGCGGUUACCGAAGGCUCUGGCAAAUUCUUCUUUGGGAGUGAUUCUGCCCCUCACCCAAUCCAGUCCAAGAAAGGAGCAGGUGCCACGGCAGCCGGAUGCUUCACACAACCAUACGUAUCUCAAAUCGUGAUUGAAGCUCUGGAAGAGGCCGUUGAACAGGGAUGGGUUAGUGAAAGCGAACUUACUGUUGAGGCUAUUGAAGGCUUCUUGUCGCUCUUUGGCCGCAAGUUCUACAAAUUGCCCCCUCCAAGUGGAACAAAGAAGAUUCGUCUCGAGAAGAAGGGAGAGAAAAUCCCAUCAAUUGUUAGAUCAGCGGAUGGGGCUGUCGAGGUUGUUCCAUGGGGUAGGGGACGGGAAAUCAGGUCGUUGUCAGACGACAGUCCUGUGGCUAUGGAUGAGCUUUUCCAAUACUGGCCGCCUCACGAACAGGUGACAAUGACAAUCCCGGUGUACAUUCUGUCGGCCUACACUUUCCAAGAUCAUAAAAGCCCCGUGAAACUAAGUCUACGCGAGCAUCAGGCGGCAUUUGUAAGCCAGAUUUCAGAUGUUUUGGACAAGGAGAUCUGCAUCAACAUCGCCGAAAAGGCUCCCUCCUUCGUAAAGGAGCCGAUAAUCAACAUCGUAUUCGACGAAAAACAUGACCAAAAGGGGCCCUCUCAAUUUGUUGCUCGCUUGGGCAACCGCCUCACUACUGGCGAGGUAGAGACUUUAGUGGAGAAGCUUAUUGCCACUCUGCAUUACAUGCUAUCUACCAGAAAGGAGCAUGAAUAUCACAUCAAGGUGUUUUGUCAUUUGAAGGAUUCUGACCGCCUGCCCUACAUCACUGCACCAUUUGACAAGGCUGGUCUGAAAUACGAAUCGGACACUUACGACUCUUUCGAAUUGACUAUUGUGAAUGGGCCAGAGGACAAAUGA